GCGUAAGUGGUUCUUUCCCUCCUGAGGCGCGUUUCUCAUUUCCUCCUCUCUCAGGCUUGUGUGCUCGGGAUACUUUCUGGUGGUCAGCUGGUUCUGCCGGGGACAGGAUCUGCACGACAUCCUGCCGCUCUGCUCCCAGUCUCUACCCCAUACCACCUUGCUGUCUACCGCCUGUCGUGCGCUUUUGUAUGUAUAUACGAAACCCGUACGUCGCACUUCCGAAGGUUUUGGUGUCCAUAGAGUGAGUCAUCCAUCUCGCGAAGUUCCGGCGCCUCCUUUCCGGUCUCUCCCUCUCCCUCUCUCUCUCUCUCUCUCUGUCUCUUUCUCCUCGGGGAGGUACAUUCAACUGCUGUCGCCAUGUCGUGGGAUGGGUAUAUCGAUAGCUACUUGAUGUGCGCCCUUCCCUCAGGGCAACUCAAAUCGGCAGGGAUCAUCGGCCUGGAUGGCGUUGUGUGGGCAAGGAGCGAGAAUUUUCCGGAUCUCUCCGAAGCUGAGGUCCAGUCGUUAAUUGGAGGAUUUAAGGAUGAGAAGACCCUCUCUGAGAGCGGGCUAAAGCUCGGCGGUGUGAAAUACAUGUUGGUCCAAGGCGAUCAAGGGGUCGUUAUCCGGGCAAAGAAGGGACCCGGUCUCAGCCCGAAGGGUGGUGCAACCAUAAAGAAGACGGCAACCGCUUUGAUCAUUGGGCUGUAUGAGGACCCAGUCCAGCAUUCCGAUUGUAAUGUGGUGGUGGAACAGCUUGGCGACUACCUCAUUCAACAAAGUUAUUAGUUUCUUUGACGAUUUCUGUAGUUUAUCGUUUUGGUCUUGUUGUGCAGGUUGAUCUCUCUCUCUCUCUCUCUCUCUCUCUCUCUCUCUCUCUCUCUCUCUCGUUAUUGACGAUCAGUUGAAGCUUGUUUUCUUCGUCUAUUCCGUUUGUUUUCCCUUCUUUUCUUUCUCGUCCUUGUUUGCGAAUUUGUGGUGUGAGACGGAUGACUGCUGCUUCGGCGACUCUCAUCACUUGCUCUUCACGUUACCACUAUGAUAUCUGCAGAGAGUGAUGGUCGCCAAGCUGCCUUUUAGCUGAUUAAGCCCACUUCUCUUCUCGGUGGAAUUGUUGGCGUUUCCGUUGUCCCGCUGUGCCGUGGCGGUUUGCCUGGCCCUGCAUUGAUUGGGUCAACGUUUCGUUCUGUAAAAAGUUUUGGCCUUUACGCUUCAGAGAAGCGGGAAAAACGAAACCUUGAGUCAGAACACCAUUCGUCUCUGCAAAAUUUCGAACCCUCUAUUCCGCUUGUCAUGUGACGUCGUUGCUUUCUGCAGGCAAAAUUGUUUUUUCCUCGUCGGGCUCUAUUGUUCUGGCCUAACUUACUGUCGGUCCUGGGGUUAUGAUCUGCUAUGAAGCUCGUUAUGGGUGUCGGUUCUGGGGUUAUCAUCUGCUAUGAAGCUCGGUAUGGGUGCAUGGCGUUUUGAAUUGCGUUGCCUGAAUGGCGUUUGCUUGAUCCUUAAUUUGGUAGCUAAAGCACAGCGCUUCGAACGGUCUUGUGUCCGCAUUGCUUUUUUUUUAUUUGCGUUGCUCUGAAUUGCAUUUGUUUCAUCUUUCUUUCCUUUAAUCGGGUAAUCAAUGCACAGCGUUUAACACUUGGUAUGGUGGGAUUGCUUUUGAAGUGUACUGCGUGAAAUUAGGCUUGUUUGAUUCUGAAUCAGGUGAUUAGUUUAAUUAGUGCACAACGCUUAACAAGUGCAAGUCGAGCUCUUUUGUAUUGCUUUUUUUCUGCAUGAAGCCUGAACGCG